AUGUUUAAAGAGGACUUUAUUACCAAGGGUAAAACCUCCCAAGAAUAUCAACUAACAACAACUAAUACCUCUACCACAUCACCUUAUACACAACCACAACAAGGUAGAUGGCAAUCAUUCAAGGACUCCUUUAAACCAGCUGUUGAAUAUGAAAAGCUUGCUAGUCCCAGUUAUAAGGAUGAUGAAGAAUUAACUGAUAUCCAACGUAUUAACCUUAAUACCUCCAGUUCCAACCUUCACCGUAAAUUGAAGAAUCGUCAUCUUCAAAUGAUUGCAAUUGCUUCGUCUAUUGGGUCAGGAUUAUUAGUUGGGACUGGGUCUGCUUUGAAUACCGGUGGACCAGCAGGUCUUUUAAUUGCAUGGUCUAUUUCAGGUGUAGCCAUUUUAUGUACAAUUCAAGCCAUGGCGGAAUUGGCCGUAACUUUCCCCAUUAGUGGAUCUUUUAAUGUUUAUGCUAGUAGAUUUAUUGACCCAAGUGUGGGUUUUGCUGUUGCUUGGAAUUAUUUCUUACAAUACCUUGUGUUGCUUCCUCUUGAAUUAGUGGCAGGGCUGAUGACAAUGCAGUACUGGAACACAUCAAUUAAUCCUGAUGUGUGGGUUUUAAUCUUUUAUGUGGUUGUUAUUUCAAUUAACUUUUUCGGUGUCAGAGCUUAUGGUGAAGCUGAAUUUACAUUUUCUUUCUUGAAAGUCUUGGCUGUUAUUGGGUUCAUUAUUGUGCUGAUUGUGUUGGCAGCUGGUGGAGGUCCAAACGGACACCACCAUGGUGCUGAGUAUUGGCAUAAACCUGGCCCAUUUGCAAAUGGAUUCAAAGGUGUUGCCAGUGUCUUUAUUACUGCUGCAUUUUCUUUUGCUGGAACUGAAUUAGUCGGAUUAACUGCGGCAGAAGCUGAUCAACCUAGAAAAUCCUUACCUAAAGCUACUAAGCAAGUCUUUUGGAGAAUUUUGAUGUUUUACAUGGUUAGUUUAACUUUGAUUACAUUCUUGGUUCCAUAUGACAACGAAAACUUAUUAGGAGCCUCAGGCGUAUCUGCCUCUCCAUUCGUUAUUGCUAUUAGAGAUGGUGGAAUCGGUGGAUUGCCAUCAGUUAUGAAUGCUGUUAUUUUGAUCUCGGUAAUCUCUGUUGGAUCUUCAUCCGUCUAUGCCACUUCUAGAACACUUGUUGCUUUAGCUGAGCAAGGAUUAGCUCCAAAGAUUUGUGGAUAUGUUGACCGUGCUGGUCGUCCAUUAGUUGCCAUUAUGAUCACUAAUGUAUUUGGAUUAUUAAGUUUCAUUGCUGCCUGUGGGAAACAAGAUGAAGUUUUCACUUGGUUAUUGGCUAUUUCUGGUUUAAGUUCAAUUUUCACAUGGCUUUCAAUUUGUUUGGCACAUAUUAGAUUUAGAACUGCUUUAAAGUACAACGGAAGAAACACAGAUGAGUUGGCCUUUACUUCACAAACUGGUGUUAUUGGAUCUUGGUUUGGUGUUAUCUUAAAUUCUCUUGUUUUGAUUGCUGAAUUUUGGUUGGCCAUUUUCCCAUUAGGAGAAGCUUCGAGUGCGCAAGGUUUCUUUGCUAGUUAUUUAGGUUUUGUUAUUUUGAUUGUCUUUUAUAUUGGUCAUAAGAUUUGGAGACGUAAUUGGAUCUUAUUUAUUAGAGCUAAAGAUAUUGAUAUUGAUUCUGGAAGAAGAGAAACUGAUUUGGAAGCUUUGAAACAAGAAUUGGCAGAGGAAAGAGAAAUCUUGAGAUCUAAGCCGUGGUGGUUUAGAGUAUAUAACUAUUGGUGUUAA